AGAAAGCGUUACGAGUGGAGUUACGCCUAUCGCUUCUCUUCUCUCCCGUUACCAUCUCUCGAUCGAUCUCUCUCAGUCUCGGUCUCUUCAUGUUCGAUCUAUCAUCUAUGUGCAAUCACUGACUCUCACGCUCGCCUUUCGCCUAUCAAAUAUCAACUCUCAAGGACUCUAUUCUCGACAACACCAUGCCUAGAUUCUUAACUAAUUUAGCAACAAAAUUAAAACUUUCACAACCAAAUUCGUUAAAAUUCACAAGUCCAAUUCAUUCCAUCACUCGAAAGGAGUUCGAGAGAGGCCCCACCACAGGCCCCACCGGAUUCCCCAACACUCCAAAUCAACAACCCCCAGUCAACCCCAACCGAACCGGUGGUGGCGGCUACUUUGACGGUCUGAGCCGAAGAUUCUCCGGCUCAGACCGUCAACCCCCGAUUGAACCGCUUCGGUUCAAUCGGGGCACUCGUGACAUGAACUUUGUCCGAGGAAUAAUGAAAGACAACCCUUCAUCUGGAAGCGAGCAAAAUGCGGAUAUUGUCCACAUCAAACUAAUGAGAAACAACACGUUUGUGACUGUGACCGAUUCGAAAGGGAAUAAGAAAAUGGGGGCGAGUGCGGGAUGUUUGGCGGAAAUGAAAGGCGGGCCCAAGGUUUCGAAAUAUGCGGCUGAAGCGACGGCUGAACAUGUGGGACGUGUGGCAAAAAGUAUGGGGUUGAAAUCGGUUGUUGUGAAGGUCAAUGGGUUUACUUUUUUUAAGAGGAAGAAGUUGGCGAUUUUGGGGUUUAGAGAUGGGUAUACGCAUUCAAGAUCUGAUAGGAAUCCGAUUGUGUAUAUUGAGGAUACGACUAGAAAGCCACAUAAUGGGUGUAGGCUAAGGAAACAACGACGUGUGUGAGGUGUUUGUGUUUUUUGUGUUGAUUGGAAUUUUGAUUUAGCAUCGAUGUGGUGUUUUUCUUUUGAGAUGUUUUUUGUGUAAUAAUUAUGGGUUUGAUGCAAAUUUCAAUUGCAAGAUUUUACUUUUUAGGAGAAA